AUGUCUCUAACAAGCAUGUUGAUUUCUUGGAUUGUUGUCUUUUAUAUGGUAACCUUUGCAGACGCGACGACCUCGUGCCGAACAGCAGACGGUCAGUAUGAUGUCACUGUGAAAUACCGUGGUAAAAGAGGUACAGAAAAUCCUAAAUCGAGAGUAAUUGCAUUUUACGCCUUCAUGUCGAAACCAAUCAUGAGCCCGGGCAUUGGUCACCGACUGGUAUUUGAUGUAGUAAAGACAAAUCAAGGUGGAGGAUAUAAUAGCCAUACAGGUGUUUUUGUCUGUCCAAGGACUGGAACAUACGUUUUCGCGUGGGUUGUGAGACUUGGUUCUGCAUAUCAAUCCUUUGAGUUGAUGGUUAAUAACUCCGUGUAUGGAUCAACCUACCUUUAUAAUAGCAAAACCCGCGCCAGUGUCACUGGUACAGUUGUUGCGCAUGUGACGGAGGGCGAGAGCGUUUACAUUCGUAUGCACUCUUCCCACAAAGGUACGGGUGUACUAAAUAGUAAUGAACACGGAAGAACAACAUUUUCUGGAUGGUUACUGAACUAG